GCGCGGAUUGGCUGAGCCAAGUCUCUCACUUCCCCUUGGAGGAAAGGCACAGCUCCCGACGCGCCCCUCCCGUCUCCCCCCCAAAAAAGUUUGAGUCGCAGCUGCCGGGUUGCCAGCGGAGUCGCGCGCCGGGAGCUACGUAGGGCAGAGAAGUCAUGGCUUCUCCGUCCAAAGGCAAUGACCUGUUUUCGUCUGAUGAAGAGGGCCCGGCGAUGGUGGCCGGGCCGGGCCCGGGGCCUGGGGGCGCCGAGGCGGCCGUGGAGGAGCGCCGCGUCAAGGUCUCCAGCCUGCCCUUCAGCGUAGAGGCGCUCAUGUCGGACAAGAAGCCGCCCAAGGAGGCGUCCCCACUGCCAGCCGAAAGCGCCUCCGCCGGGGCCACCCUGCGGCCACUGCUGCUUCCCGGACACGGCGCUCGGGAAGCGCACAGCCCCGGGCCUCUGGUCAAGCCUUUCGAGACCGCCUCGGUCAAGUCAGAAAAUUCAGAAGACGGAGCGGCGUGGAUGCAGGAACCCGGCAGAUAUUCGCCGCCGCCAAGACACAUGAGCCCCACCACCUGCACCCUGAGGAAACACAAGACCAAUCGGAAGCCACGCACACCCUUCACCACUUCCCAGCUCCUGGCUCUAGAGCGCAAGUUCCGCCAGAAACAGUACCUCUCCAUCGCAGAGCGGGCAGAGUUCUCCAGCUCUCUGAACCUCACAGAGACCCAGGUCAAAAUCUGGUUCCAGAACCGAAGGGCCAAGGCGAAAAGACUGCAGGAGGCAGAACUGGAAAAGCUGAAGAUGGCCGCAAAACCUAUGCUGCCCUCUGGCUUCAGCCUCCCUUUCCCCAUCAACUCGCCCCUGCAAGCAGCUUCCUUAUAUGGCGCGUCCUACCCUUUCCAUAGACCUGUGCUUCCCAUCCCGCCCGUCGGACUCUACGCGACUCCAGUGGGAUAUGGCAUGUACCAUCUCUCCUAAGGAAGACUAGCGCGCCAUAGACUCCGGGAUGGAUGUUUGUUUAAAAGCCUUCCUUCCCCCUCCCUCUCCCAAGAAGACAGUCCUGCCGCCACCACCGCCACCACCGCCACCGCUGCCAGUGUCGGGCUCUGCAAACCUUGCAUGCACCACCCUCAGAGGCCAGGUUGUCAGGGCCACAGGCUUAGCUCAAAUUGGUUCUUUAGUCUGGAGACACAGAAGCCUGUUUUCUAGGUGUAAUCUUCUAGAUGCCCCCUUCUCCUUUCACAAAGAUUGGCUCCGAUGGUUUUUAUAUAUAAAUAUAUAUAUAUAAUAAAAUAUAAUACAUUUUUAUACAGCAGACGUAAAAAUCAAAUUAUUUUGAAAGGCAAAACUUAUACACACACAUAUAUAUUCUUUUUUUGUUCUAUAUAUCACCUUUCUAAAAGAGACUGCUUAAGUCUUUUUUUUUUUUUUCUUCCUUCUGGGGGGGGACAAAUUAUUUGCUCAGAUUGCCACAAUUCAGUGAUUUGGAUGGGAUGACUGACUUUUGCUCGUGGAAAACAAACAUUAGAAUUAGACACUAGGGAGGGGGCACAUCGGGUUUUUUGUGGUUUUUUUCCCAUGCAUUGCAUUGAAAAAAAUCAUUAGAUGUGACCAUAUUUGGCCCUAUUCCCCCCUCCCCAACCUUGUUUGUUACACACUGUUAAAAGUUUUUGUAACAUCCAUAAAAGGGGGAUGAGAAGAAUCCUGGGAGUGCCUGGGGGUAAGGUGGAAAAUGGAAGUCUUUCUUAAUUCCUCUCAAGGCUGUUGCUUAACUCCAUUUCAGAUAAUUGGAGAGUGAAAAGUUAAAGCAUGUCGGGAGGAAUUGAUGGUUUCUGUGAACUACUAGGUAUGUCAAUCCUCACACACUGCAAAGGUGAUUUUUUUCGGGGGGGUGGGUUGUAGUUAAUUCUCUGCUUACAAAAAAAAAAAAAAAAAAAAGUCUUGUAACCAUUACCUAUAUGCUAAAUAUUCCCCAACAAUGAAUAGAUCCAAAAAGGAAAAAAAAAAAAAUCAUGCUUUCUCUGUGUGUGUACCUAUUGUAUGUGCUAAACUUAUUAGAAAAUUUAUAUGCUUUUUAACAUGUUGGGGGCAGAGGGGAAAGCCAUGUUUUGACUUGCUAAAAAUGGUGUUGUCAGACAGCCCAUGUAGCUCCCUGGUAUUUUCAUCUUUCUAUCCAGCUCCCCCCUCCCCCAGUAUACUUUGAUCCCUUUGAAAGGGUGCCUUGUAUAAUUUUAUAUAUUUUAUUUGAAGAGUUAUUUCUUAUCUCUUAUUCUGAAUUAAAUUAAACGUUUGUUUUAUUGCA